GCUGGCUGUUUCAAGCGGCUGCUGCACGCUUUGGACGAGGCAUACCACGACCAGGACUAGCCCUCUCGAUCCACCUCGCUAUUCGCUCUCGACGACGAGCUCCGGUCGAGCAGCUCUGCACACGCCGCAAUCGCCCUUGUUCCUGAGAAGCUGCGGAUGCGUCCUCUGUCCACGGGCCCAUCUGCUGCGCGCUGCUUUGCUGAACAAGACUUGGCCCUACGGUGCUGAGGCCCGAACGAGCCCGAAGGGGGAUGUCUGGUCUUCCCACCACAAACAACGACGCUGCCAUGCGUUCAAACAUGGCCCCGCCGCCGUACAGGGACGAUACCGACGACGACGACGAUGCCGCCACCCCUAGCGCGACUCCCGCUCCUGCACCCACCACUGCCGCCAGCAAAGUCCAAUCGCGCCCGACACUGCGACCCUCGCCGCCGCACAGUCAAAACACUCCGACAAUAAACGAGCCUCCCUCAUCUGAGGACAGCGCUCCUUCGGUCAGUCCGGACGAGGCAGAGAUAGCGAGGCUGCGCGCCGCCGUCACUGCCAGGAUGACAUCUAAUUUGCAGCGGGCAAAGGCCAACUUAGCCGCUCAACAGCACCAGCAACAAUCUUUGUAUCAACCCCAGCCUGAUUCCUCGCUGGCUCCUUCCGUCACCCGUUCGACCAGCUCUACUCAAUUGCCUCGUCGUCCAUCACCUAUCAAGGAGGAACAUGCUCCUACCAUGUCCCCUCUCACCGCUGCCUUUAGCAGUCCUCUGGCCACCACCCAAACGGCCUCCACAGACUCGACCUCGUCAUCAGCUCGUACUAUUCGUGGAAGCGCCACUGCUACUCCGGCUGCUAUGCCGUUGCGUACACCGUCGUACCCCUUCCCGUACGUUCCUGGAACCCCACGUACAUGGUCGUCAUCCUUCCACCAACCUUUUACCGCUUUAUCGCCAACUGUAUCGGCCGCCCAAUCUGGUGAUAGCAGCACCCCUGGUGGCAUGCCCAUGUCUGGUGCAACUACCCCCGCCGCUACUGGUGCAGCUUUUGCUCCUCACGGCUUCGAGUUCGCGCCGAGUCAGGAUCCUCGUUUCCCGACUCCUAAUGUCUAUGAUCUUGUCUUGCAACUCAACUCAGAGCCUGGCCUGGAAGCUUGGUGGUCAUCAGUUGCCAAUAUUAUGAAUGACGUGUACAAGGCAGAUCGAGCGAGUUUGGCUCUUCCUGCCGAUUCAAACGACAUUGAGAAUGUGCCUUGGGGUCAGAAGACGACUUUCAAUGUUGCUGGUCGUGAGGAUGAACAGUACGAGGGGCAACCGUCAACCCAGCAGGCGCCUCCUGUGCUAUCUUUGCCUCCACGUUCUGUCCCGGACCCAUCCCCUUUGAGCCGUGUCCGUCCAAGUCUCGAAUCUCGCCAUUCGUACGCCGGACAAGGUACUGCUGAUGCACCCCAACGUGCAGGCUCUGCAUUACGCCCAAACAUGCCUUCACGCACUGUCAGCCAUGCACCCAGCUUAACAAAUGUUCCAAUGCCAUCUCCAGGUCUCGAUUACCGCCUUCGCAAUUACCGUAGCACAUCUGUCAGCGAACCAGAGUUCAGUAGUGUUGGUGGAUACAGCCAGCCAACUCAACUUGCCGUUUAUCCUGUACUCAAAGGCUUGGACUUCGAAGUGGACGGCUUGAUUGAUUCGAGUGGUAUCAACAGAGUGCUGGAGAGAGGCAAGCUGAUCACGCUAACGCGUGACUACUCGACCAACGGUCAUGACAGCCAGAGCUCUUCUAAUAGCUCACACGAGGAAGCCGCUGCUUCAGCCAAAUCGAAGACUCAGCAGCAGCAGCAGCAACAACCACCACCGCCGCCACCAUCUCAACUACCAGUGCAAACGGCCGGCAAAGCUCCCCAAGGCUUCCGUACCCUCUUCUCGCAAAUGGACAACAAUAACAACAAACGUCGCGGAUCAGCCUUCGAGGAAUAUGAACAAUAUCCACCUUCACCUUGGGCCCAGUCACCUGCACCCUCGCCUGCUAUCCAAGCCGAUCCAGACAAUAAUCCUUUCUUCACGGCAGAGGAGAGCGUCGAAGAUUCUUUCAACCCGACCGAUGCCGCCCAUGACUAUUCACACUUGGAACCAGUCGAAGCAAUCGGAGUCGAUCGAGCUCAUACUGUUGUGCACAUACCUCUUAUCCACCCAACAUUGUCACCGAUAAUGCACAACUACCGUACCGAGUCGCCCAACACGGAAUCUCGCCCCGAAAGUCGCGCCCAGUCCAUGUCACAGGUGUCUAGUGGUGAUCGUAAAGCGCCCAUUGCCAUUCUGUCCCUUCUCAGUCCCGCCGUGCCAUAUCCUCAGAACCUCAUCCAGUCUCUCAAAUUGCUUGGCCCCCAUCUGGCGACUUCUUACUACAUGGCGCAUCAGUACACCAACGCUCAUAAUCAAGCAAUGGGUGUUCGUCACCGAAAGAGUAUCACAGGACACAACGUUGGCUUCGCGCCAUUAAACAUUGCUCCUGGAAACUUGGAUGAUCUCAUCCGCGCUGAUCUGGAUGAAGUCGCUGGUUCCAUCUCUGGGAGUAUGACUAGUCCAUCCGACUAUUCUGGACGUUCAAGACAUAGUCCUUCUGGUUCCAUAGUCGGCACUCCAGGCUGGGACCCCGCCGCCUUUGGCCUCAACUCCAACAGCAAAUCUGUGGUUGGUACACCAGCUGGUCUUCGUGGAACCGAGAUAAACGACAGCUACUUUGAUGUCAAGAAGAUGCAUCGAUCAACAGGCGCUGCUAGUAAUCAGACGUCAUUGACCACGCCUGCGAAGGACAGGAGCCAAAGAGUCUCAAUCUCCGCAGUCGAUGACGACCAACCAGGCCCAAAGAGCGAAAGACGACCCAGGCAAUCUCGUUCCGGCAAAGAGGACAAGUCUCCACUCAAACCUGCUGGUCGCGAGCCAAGCCCUACACAGACUGUCGACAUUGCUAGGAAGCCCAGUUUCCGUAGCAAUGCACCCCCACCCGCAAUUGUGGCCGAAGGAGACAAGCGCCAUUCAGUUUUGCACUCAUACGGUGCCGACUUCAGCUCGUCAUUCCAAGGACUUCCUGCUGCAACCACGCCUGGUCCGAAAACUCCUGGGCUAACCAGUCACGUCAGAGCAAGCUCCAUUUCCGAAGAGAUGCCCCCACCAUCGGAGCGCUUGUUGCGCACAAUCAUUGACUCCUUGCCUGUACAGAUUUUCACUGCUGCACCUGGAUCUGGUGCCAUUACAUGGGUGAACUCGAAGUUCUUGGUCUACCGCGGGCAUGAUUCUAGGCAGGUUUUGAAAGAACCUUGGCAAGCUAUUCACGCCGAAGACAGAAGCAAAUAUAUGGAAAGCUGGAACAGGUCAUUGCGAACAGGCCAGCAAUUGCAACAAAAGAUCCGUCUUCAGCGAUUUGACGGUAACUAUCGCUGGUUCUACGUCCGAGCGGCUCCACUGAAAGACAAGAAACAAAACAUUGUUCACUGGAUUGGUACAAACAUGGACUUCCACGAACAGCAUCUGGCCGAGCUGAACCUUGCCCGCCAACAAGAGACUGCUGCUUCAGAGGCCAAAUACCGAGCACUGGCCAACUCGAGCCCUCAGGUCGUAUUCACCGUCAACAAGUCCAAGGGUAUCACGUUCUGCAACUCACAGUGGCUUAACUAUUCUGGUCAAAGCGAGACGCAGGCUCUGGGCAUCGGCUUUAUGGAACACGUGCAUCCAGAUGAUAUUGUCAAGUGCAGGUUGCCUGCUUUCGAGAACGACUCGACCAAUGCGACCAAUGUCCCAACCACCAUGCCACCAGAGCCGCGUAGAACACAGUCAUCUUCUGCUCAGUCAUCAAGCGCAUCAUCUGACACUGAACGUGCACCGACUAGUCCUGUCAACACAUCGCCAACCACACAGUUGCCUCAGGCAAGACUUUCGCAGUUGGCCUCUACUGGUAUUCUCAAAGUCUCGAGAGAUGCUGAUGGAAAGCCCUCAUACUCGACCGAAGUUAGACUGCGAUCAAAAGAUGGUGAAUACAGGUGGCACCUUGUCAGAGUCCUACUUGCUGAGCGCGACUUACAAGAAGACGAAGAGGAGACAUGGUAUGGGACUUGCACCGAUAUCAAUGAUCACAAGGCUCUUGAGCGUGACUUGAAGGAGACCAUGGAUGAGAAGUCUCGCUUCUUGAGCAACAUGUCCCACGAGAUCAGAACGCCACUCAACGGCAUCACUGGUAUGGUCAACUUCUUGAUUGACAGCAGUUUGACUUCAGAGCAGAUGGAGCAUGUGAACAUCAUUCGAGCUUCCACAGAAGGAUUGCGUGGUCUGAUCAACGAUAUUCUCGACCUUUCAAAGGCUGAGGCUGGCAUGAUCCAGCUUAACAUGGACUGGAUGCAUGUCCGUUCUCUUAUCGAAGAAGUCAACGACCUUACCUCUGCCAUGGCUAUCGACAAAGGCCUUGAGUUGAAUUAUCUCGUCGAACCCGACGUCCCCUCUCAAAUCAAGGGCGACCGCUUCCGUAUUCGCCAGAUUCUGCUCAACAUCAUUGGCAAUGCAAUCAAGUUCACAAUGGUCGGUGAAGUGUUUAUUCGCUGCAGCGUCCCACAAGAAGAAGAGAACCUGCCAACCGAUGACUCGAUGUAUAUUCAGUUCGACAUUAUGGACACUGGUCAAGGCUUUACCGAGAAGGAGGCGCAGUAUCUCUUCAAACGCUUCAGCCAAAUUGACGGAAGUAGUACUCGACAGCAUGGCGGAACAGGUCUCGGUCUCGUCAUCUCACGUCAACUUGCUCAGCUGCACGGAGGUGACAUGAGUGCAAGAGGUGUUCCUGGUAAGGGAGCCACCUUCACCUUCAUCAUCAAGACGACUCUACCGGCUGGAGACGAUAAGCCGCCUCCACCACCUUCUACCCCAGGCCCUGCGCUGCUGCCCGCUACACCCAUGUCACCUUCGCCUAUGCCGACAAUCAUGCAAGAUCCUAGGUUAUCCAACACGCUCAACAUCCCCUUCAGUGGCUCACCCCGGCCGCUGUCAGAUGUCGUGGAUGCACCAUCACCAGACUUUGACAGAGCAUCUCCAGUCACCUCUUCUUCUGCAAGCUCGGACCCAUCAAUCAGAGCCGGUACCGUUGGUAGUGCUCAGUCGGUCAGGUCCUCUGCGUCAUCAUUCGUGCCUGAUCCAUCUCUCAUGUCACUCUCGCCACCAAUUGAAUUGGAGAUUCCUUCCGGAGGGAAGCCUGGUCGCGCUGAAUCAGCCAGCUCGGCAAUCAGCGACUCGAGUGGCACUGGUGUCGCUCCACAAUCUACCAUCAGAAUGGUCACCCCUGGUGGUAGCCACUUACCUCCUAUGUACUCGAUCCUGGUUGUCUGCCCUCUCCUGCACGCUCGCGAGGCAACAGUUCAGCAUAUGGAUAUGACAUUGCCCAAGAAUAUCCCUCACAAGAUCACAGCCAGAGAAAAUGUGCUGGAGUGUCAGAAGAUGAUUGGCGGUGACGAUCCAAUGAUCUUCUCGCAUAUCGUUCUGGUCCUGCAAUCUGUUCCGGAAAUUAUCGCAUUUGUGCAGCAGGUCUUGUCCUCGGUUUCUCACUCUUCAACACAGCUGGUGCUUAUUACUGAUUUGCAACAACGACGAAAGCUUAUGGAGCAAGCUCCGCAAUACGACUAUGAUGCACUGUCAAAGCAAAGGAGGAUGCAAUUCAUCUUCAAGCCACUUAAGCCAAGCAAGUUUGCCGCAAUCUUUGACCCGCGCAAAGAGCGUGAGAUGAGCACCGACCGCAACCAGGAUUCAGCGCAACAGGUGGCCGUCAGCCAGAAGCAAGUAUACGAAGAGAUGAUACGCCGUCUGGGCAACAAGAACAAGAGGGUACUGCUGGUUGAGGACAAUCGUGUCAACCAGAUGGUUCUUCUCAAGUUCCUCAGCAAGGUCAACGUGAAGGUUGACACAGUAUUGGAUGGUGUGCAAUGUACCGACAAAGUCUUUGCUAACCCCCAUGGAUACUAUUCCAUCAUUCUGUGCGAUCUCCACAUGCCCAACAAAGACGGUUAUCAGACGUGUCGAGAAAUCCGUAAGUGGGAGAAGAAGAACAAACAGCCAUACUUGCCGAUUGUUGCACUGUCUGCCAACGUCAUGGGAGAUGUAUACGCCAAGUGCGUAGACGCAGGAUUCAACAGCUAUGUGACCAAGCCUGUCGACUUCAAGGAACUUAGUACCGUCAUGUUGAUGUAUCUGGAUCCCGCGGACCCUAGCCAACCCAUCGAGUUCAUGAAGCAGAAGAAGUAAGCAUCGUGUCUUCUGGAGGAAGAGCAAGAUUAUCUUUGGCGGACCACCGAAAGUACAAAAAGGAAGAAGAUGACACGGGGAGGACGAACCCAUCAGGCGCAAAGGCGUUGGAUGGAUGUGUUUAACGGAAUGUUUUUUUAUGGAACGGGCUGUCUUUUUGUUCCUGCCUUAUCAUUGAAAUGAUAGUUCUUUUUGCGAGGAGCAGAGGGUAGAAAGAGGGUGUUUUGAUCUCUUUUGGGCGGCGAAACAGCAUGGAAUGGGGUCAUCGCGCUUUCCAAAAUCUUUGUUGCGUUGUCGCCAUUCUCGAUUACUUUUUUUUUUUUACCUGCCUGUUCGCCCUGCAUAGCGAUACAUUGGACUUAUUUUCUUUAUCUCUGUCCUUCUCUUUAUAUUCGGUUCAAUCACCU